AUGGCAGCGGGACGGGCACAUUGGAGCCAAGCGGAAACGUUUACGUUAAUUAGAACUUGGGAGGACAACCUAAGCGACCUGCGUCGUGCCAAAAGGAAUCAGAAAGUGUACGCGCACAUUGUGGAAGAACUUUUUAAAGCCGGCGUUGAAAACAGUCUGAAAGAAACAAAAACAAAGAUUGAAAACCUUGGAAACAAAUACAGAGACAUCAAUAAAAAAAAGGGCACGGCCUGUGGCCAGAUAACGUGGCCCUUUUAUUGGGAUAUACACAAAUUUCUCCAGGCACUGCCUAUUAAUGACGACAGCCUGCUGCAUGACAGUGUCUGCAACAGCAGCAGCACAGUGGAACAGCUCAUCACGAGCAUGGAGUAUGGAAAUGAUUUUGGCAGCGACGAGGACGCCUCGGUGGGUGAUGCGGCCCUUGUAGACGCCGAAGCUCUGUCGUCAACACAGGGCUCGGCCAGUGAAGACCCGUCGCCGCUGGUGUCCGACAGCGAGGGCUCGCAAGCGCCAACACCACCAGCAGCUCGCAAGAGAGCCGAUAGACAGGCCCUGAAGAAACGGCAGCCCUCCCAGCAGUUGCUGUUGACACGAGUUGUUGAGGAGCAGCGGCAGCUUCGUCUCAGCUUGGAGAAAUCAAAAGAAAAAGAGCUUAGCAUGCGCGAGCGGCAAUUGAGGCUCGAUGAAGCUGCUGCCGAGCGGGAAGAACGCUUGAUAGCGGCGUUAGAAAAAAUAGUUGGAAAAUAG